GAGCAGCAGGGUGUCACUUCGGCCAGCAGAGGGCGUGUUUUCACGGCUCCUCUCUGUGAACCGGAAUGAUAUGGUUUCACCUUGGGUGCAUAUCGCUGUGGAGAGCCACACAGUUGAUUUAAUCUAGAAAUUUGACAUUCAAAUGAAAGAUAAAUGCCACUGUAGCACCGCAGCGCGUCUGACUGUCCGUCAAACAGAAAGGAAACAUGAAACAAGACGUCAGGAUACUCUUAUUGGGGGAGCCCAAGGUGGGGAAGACGUCACUCAUCAUGUCUUUGGUUGGAGAGGAAUUCCCAGAAGAGGUUCCCCUCAGAGCUGAAGAGAUCACCAUCCCUGCUGACGUGACUCCAGAGAAGGUGCCCACACACAUAGUGGACUACUCAGAAACAGAGCAGAGUGAUGAAGUCCUUAGAAAUGAGAUCAUCAAGGCUAACGUGGUGUGUGUUGUGUAUGAUGUCACCAACGAGGACACAAUAGACAAGAUCAAAACUAAAUGGAUACCUUUAGUUAACGGAGACGCAGAGAAAGGGAACAAAGUUCCCAUCAUUCUCGUGGGGAACAAGUCUGAUCUGCGCUGUGGGAGCUCAAUGGAAACCAUUCUUCCCAUCAUGAACCAGUUCUCUGAGAUUGAGACAUGUGUUGAGUGUUCUGCAAAGAACCUGAAAAACAUUUCCGAGCUGUUCUACUAUGCACAAAAGGCAGUUCUUCACCCCACCGCCCCUCUUUAUGACCCUGAGGACAAACAGCUUAAACCACUGUGUGUCCGAGCCCUUAGCAGAAUAUUCUACGUGUCCGACAAGGACAAUGACCGUAUCCUCAGUGACGCUGAACUCAACUGCUUUCAGAAAUCUUGUUUUGGGAACCCUCUGGCACCUCAAGCCUUAGAAGAUGUGAAGACAGUAGUUUGGAAAAACACCAGCGAUGGGGUGCAGGACAACGGCCUGACCCUAAAUGGUUUCCUGUUCCUUAAUACAUUAUUUAUCCAGAGGGGCCGACAUGAAACCACGUGGACCAUACUCAGGAAGUUUGGAUAUGACGACAACCUUGAGCUGACUGAUGAUUACCUUUACCCUGAACUACAAGUUUCUGUCGGCUGCACCACAGAGCUCAAUCAAUUAGGUCACCAGUUCCUCCAGCGGCUGUUUGACAAGUACGAUGAAGACAAAGACUCAGCCCUGUCACCGGCAGAGCUUAGGAACCUGUUUUGUGUUUGUCCUUACAUGCCAUGGGGUGCAGAGGUCUACAUGACGGUCCCAACCACAGACGAGGGCUACAUCUCUAACCACGGCUACCUUUGUCAGUGGACGCUCUCUGCAUACUUUGACAUCCACCGUUGCCUGGAACACCUUGGAUACCUAGGCUACCCUAUCCUCACUGAGCAGGAGUCACAGACUGCCGCAAUCACAGUAACACAGGAGAAAGAGGUGGAACUGGAGAAGCGCCAGACACAGCGGUCAGUGUUUCUCUGCAAGGUGAUCGGACCGCGGGGGACGGGCAAGACAGCCUUUCUCCAGGCCUUUGUGGGCCGCAGCGUUGUGAAUAAUGGAAAUUCCAGCAGUGCCUUCUCCCCCUAUACCAUAAACACGGUCCAAGUCAGCAACCAGGAGAAGUACCUUAUUCUCAAUGAGGUGGAUGUGGAGGUGGAGUUCCUGAAGGCAUCAGACGCCUCCUGUGAUGUUGCUUGUCUCAUGUAUGACACCAGUGAUCCACAUUCCUUCGACUAUUGUGCCAGUAUAUACAAGCAACACUACAUGGAGAGCAACAUCCCAUGUGUGCUGGUCGCCUCCAAGGUGGACCUUCCUGAGGUCAAGCAGUUCCACGGGAUGACUCCAGCCGAGUUCUGUUAUAAGCACCAGCUGCCUCCACCGCUGCCCUUCUCCAGCCUUUUCCUCGACUCCACCAGCAAGAACAUCUACAGCAGGCUCGCCUGGGCAGCAGUAUACCCACACCUGAAUGGUUCAGACAUGAGCAACACAUCAUACUGGCUGAGAGUGGCAUUGGGCUCGGCUGUGGUUGCAGUUCUGGGCUUUGCCAUCUACAGAGCCGUCGCCAGACUGAAAUGAUCAACAACCUGCUGAGCUUUUUCUUUUCUUUUUUCAGCCUGACGCUCCAUCAAUCCAUCCAUCAAGACCGAACCUCAGAGACAAGAUUCGCAUCAUUUUACUUUUCACCUCUAAGCCUCCCAGGAAACUCUUCAAAUCUCUUUGUCCUCUCUGAGUCACUUGAUCGCAACAGUCCAAAAGCAAUUGGAGGCUAGUGAUCAUAUUAUUCCCCACGCUGCGGUGUCCAGCUUUUUCUGCCUUAUGUUGCUCAACCAGGUUAAGUAGGAGUUAGCCUGUCAGCGCAUUGAUACAUGAAGAACUGUUCACAUCCAAACAGGUGCUUUAUUAAAGGGGAGGCUAUUGCUUUCCCCUCAAUUAUCUGUGAAGUGUUGAUGGUGAGAUUGGAGAGGUUUUUAUAUACAUGCAGUGUUUCCUAAAUAUCAUAUAGAAAAAUGCCAAAUUGAGUAGACUGAUGAACCAAAGGGGACAGCACAUGGAGCAUUUUGAACAGAGAAACAUCCUGAUUGGCUUCCACUGAAUCUCUUGCUGGAAAUCUCCAAUGAACUACACUCUUCCUUCUGACCACAAAUACUAGAUGUUAUCUCUCAUUUGCCAAAUGACUCCAGCAAUAUGUCAGCAUAGCAUGUUAGUUGCCCUUAGGUGUAUUAUUUUGCCUGAAAAUGAAACAUUUAAACGUUUUUAGCAGCAAGGCCUCGACUGAUCUUCUGCGGCAGGGAGAGGUGUGCAUGACGAAGAAUGGUUUAUUUGUGCAUCCGCAAGAAGUGAGGAAAUAUUUUCUCCUGUAAAAGGAGGCCAAGCGAUCCUUAAAAAUGACAAAAUGUUAAAAGAAAAAUCUGGUCAAAUGAAUCUGUUUCCACUCUGCUUCCUUCUGCUCGUAUUGAAAUGCGAUUCAUUGAUUUUGAUAGAGACUGAAAUAGGUUGAUGAUCUGUGAUUGUAUUCUAUUCACAUACUCCUGACACUGUGCAUACACUUUGACCUUGUUGCAUAAUCUGCCAUUGCAUUGUUUUCCAACAUGAGUCACUCAUGUCAUGUACGUUCUGUCGCUUACUUUAGCUGGGGACCUGCUGUUUCUGCAGAAUACACUUCUGUGACUUUUAAAAUAUGGCUGUUUUUUUCUUACUGACAUUGAACUGAUUUAGUUGCUUAAUAAAACACCAGACCAGACUGGGUGGGGACAUUUUGCCCAAAACACGA